AUGGUUGAAAAGUUCAAGGAAACGGGAAGACGUGUGUUCUUCGAUAACUUUUUCACCAGUGUUCCGCUUUGUGAAGAUCUUUUGAGCAUUGGUUUCACCAGCGUCGGCACACUGCGUGCCAACAAGCGGGAAAUACCGGAUGAGUUUCUUGUUUACAAAAAGAAAAAACUAGAUGUUCAGCGUGAAGUUGAUCCUGAUGCAAUGGAGAAGGAGACUGAUAAAAUUGAGAACAACGGAAUGAAUGAGCACAGUUCUUCUGAAGCCAGCACAUCUCGAUCCAAAAGGACUCCAAAAAGUGAUUCGAAACGAUCGGUAACUAAAACGCCGAUGAAAGCGAAGGAUAAGAUUCUGAAGGACAUGAAGAAACCUCGGGUGGUGUUAUUAUACAACCAAUACAAGGCUGGAAUGGACCUAACUGACCGGCAUACUGGAGACGAAUCCAAGCUGGCAAAAGGGUUGCCCAUCCCGAAAACGGAAAUUUUUGGAGUGGCUGGCUAA